CAGCUGUCUCUAUCGCCAAGCUUUCUAAUUUCCGUCAACAAUCCACUCAGAUCUCUCUAAUAUUAUUAUUCCGUGUUUGACCGGCAAUCCUCUCCUUCCUCGAAGAGCUAGGGUUUUGAUCUUUUCCUGAUUCUGACUCCUCCGCACUCUACACUACAUUCCCCCCCUUUUCAUCGCCUCGAUCGUUCUUAUCCCGAUUUCGCUCUUCUACCUUCAACCUAAGUACGAUCUGCGAUGUGAUUUGUUGAAUAGGCUCGAUCUCCGCGACCAGUACUUUUGGAUUCAUAGCAAUCUUUGGUUAGCUUGUUUUGGUGUGGGGUUUUUCUUUGGUGAUUCAGAAAAUGGUGGGUUCUGAAAGCCCCAACGGUUCUUCGCCACAGCCGGCGAGGAAGUACGGUAUCACAAAGCCAAUCUCUCUUGCAGGGCCCACCGAGGCUGAUCGUCACCGCAAUAUGGAAUUGGAAAAGUUCUUGAUUGAUUCGGGGCUAUAUGAGAGUGAGGAAGAAGCUUCGAGGAGAAAAGAGGUUCUGGACCGCAUUGAUGAGAUUGUAAAAGGUUGGGUCAAGCACUUAACCCACCAGAGGGGCUACACAGAUCAGAUGGUGGAGGAUGCAAAUGCUGUCAUUCUUACUUUUGGUUCCUAUCGACUGGGGGUACAUGGGCCUGGGUCUGACAUCGACGCAUUGUGUGUUGGGCCAUCUUAUGUUAAUCGAGAUGAAGAUUUUUUUAUGGUUUUGCAUAAUAUUCUGGCUGAAAUGGAAGAAGUUACCGAGCUUCAGCCAGUUCCAGAUGCUCAUGUCCCAGUAAUGAAAUUCAAAUUUCUAGGGAUAUCAAUUGAUCUUCUCUAUGCAAGUAUAUCUCUUUUGGUUGUUCCAGAAGACCUGGACAUCUCACCUGGGUCUGUUCUGUACAAUGUUGAUGAGCCAACUGUUCGAAGCCUUAAUGGAUGCAGGGUUGCAGACCAAAUUCUUAAACUUGUUCCAAAUGUUGAGCACUUCCGCAUGACACUCAGAUGUUUGAAGUUUUGGGCUAAAAUACGAGGUGUUUAUUCCAAUGUUACUGGAUUCCUCGGUGGUGUAAAUUGGGCCCUUUUGGUCGCUCGGGUAUGUCAGCUUUACCCCAAUGCAAUUCCUAGUAUGCUGGUUUCUCGAUUCUUCAGAGUUUAUACACAAUGGCGUUGGCCAAAUCCUGUGAUGUUAUGCCCAAUAGAAGAGAAUGAACUUGGGUUUCCAGUAUGGCAUCCUCGCAAAAACCCUAGGGACCGGCUUCAUCACAUGCCAAUAAUAACUCCUUCCUACCCUUGUAUGAAUUCUAGCUACAAUGUCUCAGCAAGUACUCUUCGUGUUAUGGUGGAGCAGUUCCACCAUGGUCAUAGCAUCUGUGAGGAGAUUGAGCUGAGCAAAGGCCAAUGGAGUGUACUAUUUGAGCCCUAUCUAUUUUUUGAGGCAUACAGAAAUUAUUUACAAGUGGAUAUAAUUGCGGCUGAUUCUGAUGAUCUGCUUGCUUGGAACGGAUGGGUGGAGUCUCGACUUAGACAGCUUACCCUGAAGAUAGAGAGGGAUACAAAUGGGAUGCUGCAGUGCCAUCCUUUUCCGAAUGAAUAUGUAGACACGUCAAAGCCAUGUUCUCAUUGUGCUUUCUUCAUGGGCUUGCAGAGGAAAGAGGGAGUUAGAGGUCAAGAAGGCCAGCAAUUUGAUAUACGUGCAACAGUUGAUGAGUUUAGGCAAGAGAUCAAUAUGUACAUGUUUUGGAAACCAGGAAUGGAUAUUUUUGUUUCUCAUGUCCGUCGAAAGCAGCUUCCUGCUUUUGUUUUUCCUGAUGGUUAUAAACGUUCUCGAUUGUCGAGGCACGUAAGCCGGCAGGCUGAAAAAACUUGUGAAGAUGCUGUGGGGUGCUGGCCUGGCUCUACUGAAAGGCCUCUCAAGAGGAAAAGUGAUCCUGGAAUGGUGGAUGUGAGGCCGGAUAAACCAGAUAAGCGAGUUUCUAUUAGCACGGGACUGCUGGAGUCUGUUUCUAGGACUGGUGGAUUAUCUCAGGUCAGCUUUGGUGAAGGGGUUGGAUUAGAGUGUGUAGCAACUGGGGAUGUCGAUAGCAAAUCUAAAAUUAGGUUAUUUGAUGGACAGUUAGGGAGUGAACAGGGUAUAGUACAAAAUCAUAUAGUGAACGGUGAAACUGGUAUUGGUGACCCUGUCAACUUAACUGAGCAAACUUUUGUGAGUAAGAAUUUGCCAAAAGUUAUAAAUGAGGCAAUGCUAACUGAAGCAGUGGAGAAAACUUAACUCAGGAAGGAGUCGUCCACUUCAUCUGAAGCAGCUAGUUCUGUUGGGGAAACUUGUCAGAUUGGACUGAAUGGGGACAAAGUUGGGGUAGCUUACAUGUAACUGAAGCGGUGGAGAAACCUUCACCAAGGAAGGACUGGCUUGCUUAAUCUGAAGUACCUAAAUGCUAUAUUUUGUAAAACAUGUCAAAUCGGAUUGAACAGGGACAAAGUUGGGAUAGCUUACGUGGAGAGUAUGGAGUGGAACUUAUAGGAAACUGCUGUAUUGGGCUGAAGAUACUGAUCAAGAAGUAGUCAAACCAUAUAAUCAAACAACGGGAAAAGAAAAUGCUGAAAGUGUAUUCAACUGAGUGAAAUAUUCAGAAACUCAGUUUCAGAGUGACUUUUAGGCCUUGUUCUGGAUGGCCACAGGAUGGCCAUGUGAAAAUUGGAAGUUCUGGAGAUGCAUGUACAGGAUCUUUGCAGGGCGAUGUAUGUGCGAGAGAUCCUGAUUUGCUUUUUGGAAAUGGGUUUUUCAAUUCGGGUGGCGUAUUUUAAAAAGGCUUGUGGAGGUUCUGAAAAACUUUCUGAAAUUAUUUUAUUUAGUUCCCCCCCCCACCCCCCCCAGGAUGGCAAUGCAUAAAAUUGGAAGUUCUGGAGAUAAGUGAGUGUCAGUGACCUUUACAGGGUAAUGUGUGCGGGAGAUCCUUAUUUGCUUUGGGAAAAAGGGUGUUUCAAUGCAAGUGGAGUAUUUCAAAAAGGCUUUUCUGAAGAUAUGGAGGUUCUGAAUCUAACCUUUCUGAUCUUUAUUGAUUUACUCUCGCGCUCUCUCCCAAGAAAAAAAUCCCUCCUUUUGUCUACCUUCUGGUCUGGUCAUUGUUAGAGAGAGCAAAACUGUUUGUAGGUUCCAAAUCCAUUCUCUUUUAUAUGGAUUUUUUUUCCCUGCUCUUCCAUUCAUAUCUCUAUCUGGCCGGGCCAUUGUGAGGUAGCAAGCUUAUUUGUAGGUUUUUGUCUCGUUCUCCUUUAUAUGCUUGUUAUUUUUUUUAUGGAAUUUCAUUGGUUUUUAUUUCUACAAUUAUUGGAUAAUGAUAAAUUGAACGGACAGUCUCCUAACUAGUGCAUACAUGGUGGCAGGUCCUGUACCACCAUACAUUAUGCUUCCAGUUACUGUGAAUAGAACCUAACUACGUACUGUCUAGGGCUCAGAUACAUGACUCCCCCUGUUUCUCCCUGUUUCUCGUUUCUAAUAUCUCUUGGGAGCCUAACUUCUUUUACUGCUGGUUGUCUUCUAUAGUUGGACUAUUGCAAUCUGGAAUGUUGUAAAUUCGGAAGAUGGGCUUGGUCAGAAUCUAUGCAAGAGCCAGUGAUAAGGCAUGUUUUUUUCAACUUCGGUUUUUUUUAUGAAAAUCAUUGUAUCUUUAUACCGUGCUUUUUCUGUAUAUGGCUCUUGUCUGACAGAUUUAAGUCUCAAGUCACUUGUACUUAAUAAUGCUCGGGAGGUGACCAUACUUGAAACAGAGAGUCGCUUCUAUGAAAGGAGAGAGCCAGCACAUUGGUAAGUGGCACAUCCAUUGCUGGCUUUCAUUAUGGUUUUUUCCAGGUGCCACAUUGUGUGCCAUCUUGUGAGCUGAGUGCAAUGGUCAUCUUACAAGAUGUGCUGCUAAACAUCGUUGAAGCUGAGAGCACCGCAGAAGGGUAUUAUUGUACAUCGUCCGGUGACUGCUGUUGCUUUGAUGACUGGUUUCCAUUUAACUAGGGCCAAAUGUUUCUUCACAAGGACAAAAGAAUCAAGUACUUGUAGGGGUGUUUGCUCUCUCUCUCUCUCUCUCUCUCUCUCCCUCUAGGUUUUGUAAUUCUCCAUCGACUGUUGUAGGUUGUAGGCUUUACUGCCCGUAAUAGAUCUCAAACCUUGUAGUUCA